AUGGCCAAUAUUCCCAUACGCAUCCAAUUUUGGGUGAUGGCCCUCAUGAUGGGCGGAUGUAUGGGUAUGAUGAUGAACAACACUGAGUUGGCCUUAUUUGGUCGUCAUAAGCCUCCUCCGCCACCAUCCGGCUUUAAGCAGCGCUCAAGUGACAUGGUCAGUUUUAUAAGGUACUGCGCCACGUAUAUGCAUAGGUUUUCACCCAGAUUCCAUAGACCCAACAACAAAUGCUGCGAAAUUGCCCGGAAAGUGAGUAUUCCACUGUUUUGCAAGAUUUUCCUAAUACCGGAGACGCAUAUGAUAUUCAGCGCUAGUAAAGUGGUAAUCAUUGCAAAAGAUUGUGGCAAGCCUCUCCGUCGUCAUUCAUGGUGUGGAACCCACCUCGUUCGGAAGGGACCAAAGGUUCCACCUAAUGUUCAAAAGGGACCGAUGGCUCUACGGGAAGAUCAAACAUCACCUUAA